CCCAGAUCGACCGCUGGUAGUGAGGCUCCUUCAUCAACUGCUUGCGGUAACAAAGCUGAUGUGGGAGAUUUUACGCUCAAUGUAAGUGGCGAGCAUCCUAUCUCCAAAUGGUGCCGAGUAACGACUAAUACUGCAACCAGUUCGAUGAUCUACCACCCCUUGGAGUCGGAUCUGGUGUAGACCCUCACGACGUUGGCCCGAUGCCAAUGUUGAGCCCACACCAUCGGUUCUACUUCUCGCAAGGAUUCAGCGUCCUUCCCCCACCUCCCACUCCGUUUGUACCGUCUUCCGGAAAUCUGAUGCUCCAAUUUACACCAUCGUCCAUGUCGAAUUUGUCUGAUCCCGGUGUGCCCCGAGACACAGCAAGGAUUGGCGUCGGACCCCAAGCCUCGUCGCCCUGCUUCUCAUUCAAUCUCAACGGCUUCAGCCUUGGUUGUGACUCCAAGGAUUCUCCUUGCGUUUUCAACUUUACAGGACUGCGGUUCGACCAACAGUCCCAGCAGGAGAAGGAAGUGGCUUGGCUGACGGUCGAUGUAUCAGCAUGUACCAGCACGGAUCAUUGCGAACUUGUUCCAGUUGUGUUCAAGGGAUUUGACAACUUGACAUCAGUCCAAGUCGCCCUCAAGGUGGACGAGAAGGCCAAGGUCUGGUGGGCAGAUGAUCUCGCCCUUGGAUGGUCCGAUAACCAGUGCGAGAAGGCCAUCUGCCGAUCAAAGGUCCGCGAUUCUGUUCGAAAACGUGACGGAGUUUCUAGCGGUCGAAAACCGAGAUCGAGGCUAUUGGACUUUGCUUUGUUCCGUGGUUGAAUCGCCGCACUGGAGUGCCACAGGUAGGCACCCCCUUUAAACAUUCGUCCUAGUUUGCUACUUGCCGGGAGGUUUUCUUGAGAUGUAGCAGGAGCCCAGUUUGUAGGUGGGGUUAUUGCCCUGGUCUAUGGGAUAAUAGGUAUGUGGGAGAUGGAAGAGAUGAAGUCCAACGUGGUGGCAUUUUUGGUCGGUUCUGUGUCCUCAUGUACUAUCAUG